AUGCCAGUUGCAUCUAUUGACAAUAAAUCUGCAGCGGUUGAUGAUGAUCUAACGGAUCUCUCGUGGUUAACACAAAUGAAUAAUACAAAACAACGUUAUUUGCCAUCGAAUGACUCUAAUUACGAAAGUAAAACGAAGAAACUCGAACGAAUCAACAAGCCAUUUACCGUGGUCAAUGGCCAAACAAUGCGUUCAGCAUUACCGACAUACACAUCUCAUCAGCAACAAUAUUCAAAUGAAGAAAACCAAUAUUACUCACACCAUUCAUUCAACAAUCAAACAUUAAAACGUAAAUAUGACUCGUCAUCAACAUCUUAUCAUCAAACAAAACGUUUUCACUCUGAACAAACACUUCCAAUCUAUCCAACACCACCAGUCUCAUCGGAUUCAUUCUAUUACGAUCAAACAGCAUCGCUCUUACCACCACCGAUGACACAACAACGAACAAUGACCUCGCGAUACAUGUUACUUAAAAAUGAUCCGUCACUUUCGGAUACCAUUUCAUCUGUUCACAUGUCGACACAUUUAAACGAACCUAUGCAAAUGAUCGAACACGACAAUAUCUGUUCGGAUGAUAUUGAACAUUUGUUAGAUAUAUUCAAAAACGAAGUGGAAAUGAUCGGACUCGAUCCAAUUGCAACUACGAGUACAGGCGAUUGUACUCUCGAUAUGGCACAAUGCUUAUCAUCAAAUGAAUUCUGUUCAUAUUAA